GCCACCCGCGCCGCCGCUUAUGCAACACAUCAUCGAGAACCACCCGGACAUGGCCACGGCGCUGCUGGCGGGCGAGAAACUCAAGGAGCUGAUCCUGCCCGGCGCGCAGGACGACAAGGCGGGCUCGCUGGCGGCGCUGCUGCUGCAGCUCAAGCUCGAGCUGCCCUUUGACCGCGUCGUCACCAUCGGCACCGUCCUCAUCCCCAUCGUGCUCGUCACGCUGGUUUUCACCAAGAACUUUGCCGAGGAGCCAAUAUACUGUUACACACCACACAACUUCACCCGUGACCAAGCCUUGUAUGCCAGAGGAUACUGUUGGACAGAACUAAGAGAUGCCUUGCCAGGAGUAAAUGCCAGCCGCUGGCCCUCCUUGUUUGAGCAUAAGUUCCUUCCAUAUGCCCUGCUGGCUUUUGCUGGUAUUAUGUACAUUCCAGCACUUGGCUGGGAAUUCCUGGCCUCCACCAGGCUGACUUCUGAACUUAACUUUUUGCUCCAGGAGAUAGAUAACUGCUACCACCGAGCAGCCGAAGGCCGUGCGCCAAAAAUCGAAAAGCAAAUCCAGUCCAAAGGCCCUGGGAUUACAGAGCGAGAGAAAAGAGAAAUAAUCGAGAAUGCAGAAAAGGAAAAGAGCCCGGAGCAAAACUUAUUUGAGAAAUACCUGGAGCGGAGGGGACGCAGCAAUUUCUUAGCCAAACUUUACCUUGCGCGGCAUCUGUUCAUCAUAUUUUUGAGCAUCUUCCCGAUCACCUACCUGUCCACCUAUUACGCCACGCAGAAGCAAAACGAGUUUACGUGCGCUCUGGGGGAGCCUCCCGACAAAACGAGCAGUUCAAAGUUGCUCAUCCGGGUGAACUGCAAACUGCCGUCAGUUCAGCUCCAGCGCAUCAUUGCCGGGGUAGACAUUUUCCUCCUCUGUUUCAUGAACUUGAUUAUCCUCAUCAAUUUGAUUCACCUCUUUAUAGUCCGCAAAUCCAACUUCAUCUUUGACAAGCUGAACAAGGUCGGAAUAAAGACCAAAAAGCAGUGGCAGAAGUCCCAGUUCUGCGACAUCAAUAUCUUGGCUAUGUUUUGCAAUGAGAAUCGGGACCACAUCAAGUCGCUGAACCGCUUGGAUUUCAUCACCAACGAGAGCGAUCUGAUGUAUGACAACGUGGUGCGCCAGCUGCUUGCGGCGCUCGCUCAGUCUAAUCACGAUGUUACUCCAACCGUGCGCGAUUCCGGGAUACAAACCAUCGACCCCAGCAUUGAUCCUGCGGACAUCGACCCGAGCGAACCGCUGGUCAUUAAGCGACCCCGGAAGAAAAUGAAGUGGAUCCCAAGUUCCAAUCCUCUUCCCCAGCCGUUCAAAGAGCAGUUGGCUAUUAUGAAGGUUGAAAACAACAAGCCUGAGAAGCCGAAGCCCGUGCGUCGGAAAACGGCGACGGACAGUCUGGUUGCCCCUUUGCUGGAGUCCAACUCGAAAAGCUCUCAGGCUUCUUCAGCCCACAAAAACGAAUCUGCCACCCUCUCCGGUGCAGGCAAUGAGAAGAAACAUACACGGCACUUCUCCUUAGACGUUCAUCCGUAUCUACUGAGCAGUAAGAAACCCAAGCCAGAGAUUCAGCCUAUUACCUCUAUGGCAACAUCCAAAAGCCAAGGGAGUGGAUUUUUAAGCCAAGAAGAGAAAGUCAUUGUGCACGUCGCUUCUUCCCUCAAAGGAUCUUCUGUUCCGGGGAAAGAUAUCCUUUACUCUCACAACACAUGCAGGACUGUGCCUGCCACCGGGACUUUUCUCACCUGCAAUCACAACCACAUAGCAACUUCCGGUGCUGCGAAAAAGGUCACUCUGCCCCACAUAAGCCCAGCAGAGCCAGUGCCUGCCUUACACUGUAAUGCUGCUCACCCUCUUCUGCAUAUCAAUACGUUGUAUGAAAACCACGAAGAAGAAGAAGAAGAAGUAGUGUCAAACCUUAUAGAUGAAUCUUUAGACAAUAGAAUUCACUCGCCCACAGAGGCAGGAGACAUCAUCUCCAGACCUUCCACAAAGCAAGUCAUGUUGGCGACAUUUGAUGAGCCAUUGGCAAUGGUGAACUCUGUAGAGUAUUGACGGCCCAGAGCUGACGCUGAUCACAGCUGGGUGGCCCACCUCCCAGUGCCACUGUCUCGUGAACCAUGCUGCUCUGCCAAUGCCAUCUACUGCAUGAGCAUGGAGUGCCGAAAUGCAGACCAUUGGUUUCACCAAUACUCCAAAUCGGUCGUUCAGGGUAGUGUCAGUGCGUCUUAUCGAUAGCUUGCAAAAUGUAAUAACAAUAAUCACCAUAAUAAUGACAACCAAAUUAUAUACUACUAUGCUUGGAACACCAAGAAACAAAGCACAAAGACGUUAGCUGUAGCUUCAUGAGUUCUGUGUGGAUUACUACAACUAUCAAAAUAUUUAAAGUGCUUGAGCGCAUGCCACACAGUGUUUCUUAAACAAAGCACUUAUAGCCUUGGUACUUGAGCUCACUCUCUGUAAAGCGGGGGGGGGGGGACCUGGAGCCCCUCAGAUGAUGCUGGACCACAACUCCCAUAAUCCCUCACUGUUGGCCACCUGGGCCAUGACUGGCAGAGUCUUAACAGCAUUUUGAGAGUCACAGGACCCCCAUCUCCUGCAGUAAAGUAGUGAAGCACAUAACAUGUAUGAUAUUUAUUCUUCCAUUUUAAAAGGCAGGAGCAACACCGUGUUUUGUCUCUAAGGUAGAAAAGAAACAACAACAACAACAAAAAACAGCCAGGUGUGUGUGUUCUUAAUGACAUGGUUGUAAGCAAGCUGUAUUUUGGUCCACGGGUAUUGGGCAACCAGGGCUGACCCUAAAAAUUUUGCCACCUGAGGCAAAGGAAAAGAAGGAGAGUGCUUGCCACAACAUGCAUUCCGCAUGCUGCAACAACAGGCCAUCAUCCACCAUAUUUGAGGGCGGCAGGCUAGUUUAGCAGGUGCAAGCCGGGCUACAUGGCAAACAGAGCUGCAUCCAUCUCACUCUGCCGAAUAGUUGGGCCGGCCCUGCCAGCAACUUAAGUGGCAACUGGUCUUCCACCAGCAUCAGUGUAAAGAGAACUGAAACUGGCCAGCCUGCUGCACUUAUGAAUGAGGAAACGAAGAGCUACGUCCUGCCCUUUAGUACAUUCAUAUGUGUUGCGAGAGGUGACGAAAACAAAGAGUUUAUUUUUUUAAUGUCUAUUUUAUUGUGAAUGAGGGUGAAUGUUGAGUCAGAUGUUCUAUUUUAGCAGAGCGGAGAGAAGAGGGUUGUCCUAUGGCUGCUUAUUUUUGUCCAUAGAAUGACGUCUGCAAAACUAGGUUAGAAACUUCUAAGGUGCUUCACUGAUGUGAAGGAUAUUCCAAUGAAAAAAAUAUCCAGUAAGAGUGGAUUGCUCCAGUGGUGUGGUAUUUCAGCAGAUGGUUACUUGAGUAUUUUUAAAGGACUUGUUUACACUACAGCUUACCACAGGUUAAACAAAUCUUGACUCAUCCAGCUUGUAAUGAUUUUGCCUCUGAACAUUUUGCUUCUUGAGCCAUGGCUGAAUAAGGGCAGAUUCAAAUGUGCAGGAAAUACCACGUGGUACAGACCUUCCAUGACUGUAUCACUUCAAGUUGUAGGUGCAGGAUUGCAAGUUGGAACGAUUCUCCAUGCUUUUAAGAAUUGCCCGUGUAUGGAAAGCUUGCAUGCAGGGGAGAGGAAUGUUCGCACUAUUUUCUUUCAGAAGUGCUGCUUUUCCACAUGCAGCGGGUGUGACUCAAACAUUAAAAUUCUUGUCUGCAGUAGCAUGGAUCAUAAUGGAAGGAUUGCACAGCACACAGUAUUUUUUGUCAGCAUUUGAGUCAUUCUUUAGAAAUGUCAACAGAAAUUCCAGUCAAGGACAGUUAAAAGUUUCACACAGCUGAAUUGUGGCACCUAGGGCCAUGUUCUGAAUCUCAGCUUCUCACACCACCACUUGCUAGUUUUGGUGCACCCAGAGAGACUGAUUUAACAAAGGAGAGAGAGCGGCGCCUUUCUAUUGAAUGCUCCGCAUUCAUAAUCCCUCUUGAGAAGAAGGAAAUUAAUAGCAUACCCAUAUCAGCAAAUGUUGGUUGAGAAUACGCAUAGCACUCAUGGAUAGCUGCUACUGCUACCCACUGCUUGCUGUUUACUGUCCUUCGAAAGUAGCCUCUCUUCCAUCAUUCUCACAGGAUCUGCUUUCCCCUUAGAAUGGAAACAGAUGCUACUAAAGGAUAUGGGAUAUUUUGGAGGUGGAGAGAAAAGAGAAGAGGCCAGAAUCUCUGGAAUGUGGAACUGCGCAGCAGCAGAAAAUCGGCCUAUAGAAGAGCUCUUAAACGACAUGUUUUGGCCUUUGUGUGGAAGAUAGCACAGGCCAAAAGCAGUGUCUGAACAGGGUUAAGUGUGAGCAAGCCAAAGGCAAGGUGGGAGAAGAGGGCAAACUAGCUCUGAUGGCAAAAUAUGAGGUUCUGUCCCUUUACACCAGGUCUGCUUGGGGUGGGGGAAUAUGGUUUAACUCAUGUUUAGCAAAUGACACAAGCUUGGGUUUGCCAACCUGUGGCCGCCUAUCAAGAUGCUGUUCAACAUCUGGACUAGGUGAAAUCCAGUGCUGCUGUUCCAUUGAUGGAACGCCUUUUCUUCCAGUAGGCACCCCUUCUAAUAUAGGGGGUGGGUUGGGGAAAGCAAUGUUCUGUAAUUCCCCCAAUCCAGGUUCCAUGCUGUUCUGGAGGGCUCUGCAAUCCUCCGGGGCGUAUUUUCAGGGCGUGCCAAGGGCUGCAAGGGGGAGACAUUGGCAAGUGUCACCUUCCUUCUGAGUUAGCAAACCGAUUGCCCAGAUGCUUUUAUUCAGGGCAGAUGCUGCAGGCCAGCUUCUGGCUAUGCCACUCACAUGUUCAGCAUUCACCUGUGGUAAACCAGUAGUAUAGAAAAGCCCAGUGUAGCAAAGCACUCAAGUAGCUUUAAAUGUCGGUGUAGCUUCAUUUAAAUCAAUGGGUUGCACCUUUGAAGAUAGCACGGCGUGCCUGUAAGCACGUUGCUAUUCCAGGCCAUCCGUUAGUGAGGGUAAUAAACAAGCUCUGUAAUAAACAUACCGUCAUUUCCGAGCAAUCUUUACCUUGCUUUUGGCCCAAAGUGCGUCCUCAUGGCCUGAUUCUUCCUAUAACUUUGAUGGGCAAGUUUCUUAGAAAUAUAUCUAGUGUAGUUUUCAAAAGGCACACAGGAAAACAUAGCACGCAAUAACAGACUAAUUUCUAAGGAGAGGAGAAGUUUUUAUUAAAGCAAUGUUUAAGUCAGUAUCGAAGAUUUUGACAUUUAUGUAUAACGGUAGAAAACACUGCACAAAUUAUGGGUCUAUAUUGAGUGUUUUUUCAUUUGUUUUACCUCAGAUAAUCAAUAUGGCACCCGUAUUUAUUGAAAAAUAGCACUGAAAGCAAAUAAAUAUUCUCA